GGACCCGACGCCUGGGGUUCCCGGGUGGACAGCGCCUGGGACGCUGCGGUCGGCUCCGCACACUCUGGGAUUGGGUCCGGGAACAGGAGUAGGGACUGGAUCUGGGGCCGUGGCCGUGGCCGUGGCCGUGGCCGCGGAUGCUGCCCAUUCUCCACCGUCUAGACGCACAUUUCCCCCACAGCCCUGGGGAACGCGCGGCGGGCGCACAAAGAUCUGCGAACGUCCCCUCUCGCUCGCCCCUUUUUCCUUCGCUGUCUACUGUGUAUCUGUCCCGCCGUCUCUGUUACCUUCUUUCUUUCCUCCCGUCCACGACUAAUUUCUUUGUCCUGUCUGCGUUAGAAGGGCGCCCCUUAGUCCAGGAUUAGUCCCAGCUCGGACAGGAUCAGAGGGUGUCUGAUCCAACGCGAACUUAAUUCCCGGGAUCCGGGAUCUGGGCUGAGGCCGAGAAGUCCCCAUAUAGGAGGGAGGCGGGAUCCAGCGGCAGGCUAGCCCCGACAGACUGGGAAUCCUCAGCACAGUCUGUGACCGUCUGUGUAUCCGUUUGUCUGUCCCUUUCUACCCUGUCGCCAAGUACAUAUCGCCUUCUUGGCGCAGUGGAGCCUGGUGGGCCCCGGGAUACUGGUUCUCGACCCCUUUACAGGCUGGGGACGGUGGAGACUGCGAGAUGCCGGGACGCGCGGGCUCUUGGCACCGGGCAGCUCCCGUGCCCCCGACUCUCUCGGCACCGAACGGCGCCCCGCUGCAGGUUGGGGGGACUUGGGUGGCUGCAGGUGCCCAUUUCCUGUCGAGGGGCAGCGCGCACGUGUCGCUAGGGGAGGGAAGGAGCGGCGUCCGUUCCGCCGAGUCACAGCAGCCGAGUCACGGUGGCUGACUCACCCAGGGCGCCCCUCCCUUCCUGGCCCGGAGCGGCCCGGGCCCGGACUACCUCAGGAGCGGGAGAUGCCGCCGGCGGUGCCUGGGUCCCGGAACUGGGGUCACUGGGCCACUGGGCCCGCAGCGCUGGGCCAGGGACACCGCUGUCUGGACUUGCCUGGGCUUGCGGCCCGCUUCCCGGAGGCCUGGGUGCCAGGGCCCAGCCCCAAGGCUUGAACCCAGUUCUCCUCCCCAACACUGAAUCCCCAUCUCAACUCCUUUCUCAGAUUUCUGGAGGAAAGAAAAUCUUGGCAGAAGUUCCACCCCGUGCCGAGCAUCCACGCUGUGAGUGGCAGCCAGGAGCUACAGUGGAUGGUGCAGCCUCACUUCCUGGGACCCAGCAGUUACCCCAGGCCUCUGGCCUACUCCCAGUACAGCCCCCCGCAGCCCCGGCCAGGCGUCAUCCGGGCCCUAGGGCCACAUCCAGGGGUGCAUCGCCGGCCCUGUGAACAGAUCAGCCCGGAGGAGGAGGAGCGCCGUCGAGUGAGGCGUGAGCGGAAUAAGCUGGCCGCGGCCAAGUGCAGGAACCGGAGGAAGGAACUGACCGACUUCCUACAGGCGGAGACUGACAAACUGGAGGACGAGAAAUCCAGUCUGCAACGAGAGAUUGAGGAGCUGCAGAAGCAGAAGGAGCGCCUGGAGCUGGUCCUUGAAGCCCACCGCCCCAUCUGCAAAAUCCCGGAAGGGGCCACGGAGAGCGACACUGGCGGCACGGGCGGUACCAGCAGCACCAGCAGCCCACCAGCCCCCUCCCGCCCUGUACCUUGUAUCUCUCUUUCCUCGGGGCCUGUGCUUGAACCCGAAGCAUUGCACACCCCGACGCUCAUGACCACACCCUCCCUGACUCCUUUCACCCCUAGUCCCGUCUUCACCUACCCCAGCACCCCUGAGCCCUGCUCCUCAGCCCAUCGCAGGAGUAGCAGCAGCAGCGGGGACCCAUCCUCUGACCCUCUCGGCUCCCCCACACUCCUUGCCUUAUGAGGCACCCCAGCCUCCCUACCUGCGGGUGCCACUCUAGCCAAUGUCUCCCCACCCAUUGGUCCAGCUGGCCUGGACCAUAUCCCAUGCCCAUCCCCAGCAGGCUCUUCUCCAUCCCUCCAGAUGAGACUGAACGUAUUUUGCCUCCUAGUAGAGCCAGCUUGGGGCCACCAAAGCUGCCCACUGUUUUUCCAGAGCUGGCUUCUCUAGCACAAUUUGCACUAAAUCAGAAACAAAAUAUUUCCCAUUUGUGCAAGGGAACUCGUGGCGACCAAAAAGGACUUUGUAGAUCCCUAGAGGUCCUCUAGAGCCCUAAGCCCCUCCAGACCACACCUAUAGUCUUCAUCACCCUCUUCCUGUGAUCCACCCAAUCCUACUUGGACCGAAGGUGAUGCCCAAUCACCAGCCUAGAACACUAACUCACCCAGCCCCACACUGCCAGCAGCACCAAGUGAUUGAACCAGGGCAUUCUGCUGGCCUCUCCUGAAUGGUAGGAGAGUGCCAGAGGCUUCUGUGAUGAGCUGACCUGCAGCCCCCCAGCUCUGAGGAGACUUUAGCUCCAGGGAAUCCAAGCCUCCACAAGGAAGGCAGCUGCUAUUUAUUUUCCUACAGAGAGUAUUUUUAUACAAACCUGCCAAAAUGGAAUAAAAGGCUCGAAGUUCUGGCCUGGUCUCAUUGAACCCAGAAGCGAAAGGGAGAACAUUUGGAACCAGAAGCCCUAGGCUCCGGUCUCAGCUCUAUGGACUU